AUGCUGCUGAGCGGAGCUCCUCCGGCGGGCUCCGGGCCCGGGCCGCGGGCGCAGGGGGGCGCCGGGGGCGGCCCGGGGGGCGCCCGCCGCGGGGCUGGAGGCGCGGGGCCCGGGCCCGGAGGGGGCGGCAGCGGCGGCGUAGCGAGGUGGCUGCGGGAGCACCUGGGCUUCCGCGGGGGCGGCGGCGGAGGAGGAGGGGGCGCCAAGCCCGCCCCCCCGGAGCCCGACUACCGGCCCCCGGCGCCCUGCCCCGCCGCGCCCCCCGCGCCGCCUCCGGACAUCCUGGCCGCCUACAGGCUGCAGCGCGAUCGCGACUUCGAAGACCCUUACUCCGGGGGGUCAUCGGGCUCCGCCGCCCCGGCCACCCCCGCCGCCCCCGGCCCCACGCCGCCCCCGCGCCACGGCUCGCCCCCACACCGCCUCAUUCGGGUCGAGACCCCCGGGCCCCCUGCGCCCCCUGCGGAUGAGCGGAUCUCCGGACCCGCAGCCGGCAGCGACAGGCUGGCCAUCCUAGAAGACUAUGCAGACCCAUUUGAUGUUCAGGAAACAGACGAAGGCUCAGCAGGAACUUUUAGUGGCCCAGAGAAAGUCCCAGAAAAUGAUGGCUACAUGGAGCCCUAUGAGGCCCAGAAGAUGAUGGCUGAGAUCCGCGGUUCCAAGGAGAUGGCAGCUCAGCCCCUUCCUCUCUAUGAUACACCCUACGAGCCAGAGGAGGAGGGGGCCAGUCCAGAAGGUGAGGGGGUACACUGGCCCCGGGAGUCUCGCCUGCCUGAGGAUGAUGAAAGGCCCCCAGAGGAGUAUGACCAGCCAUGGGAGUGGAAGAAAGAACGGAUUUCCAAAGCCUUUGCAGUUGACAUAAAGGUCAUCAAAGACCUGCCUUGGCCUCCGCCUGUGGGACAGCUGGACAGCAGCCCCUCCCUGCCUGAUGGGGACAGGGACAUCUCCGGUCCAGCUUCACCCCUCCCUGAGCCCAGCCUGGAGGACAGCAGCGCUCAGUUUGAAGGACCAGAGAAGAGCUGCCUGUCACCCGGCCGGGAGGAGAAGGGGCGGCUACCUCCCCGACUCUCUGCAGGGAACCCCAAGUCAGCCAAGCCCCUAAGCACGGAGCCCAGCAGCCCCCUGGGGGAGUGGACAGAUCCAGCACUGCCUCUAGAAAACCAGGUCUGGUACCACGGGGCCAUCAGCAGAACAGACGCCGAGAACCUGCUCCGGCUCUGCAAAGAGGCCAGCUACCUGGUGCGCAACAGUGAGACUAGCAAGAAUGACUUCUCCCUCUCCCUCAAGAGCAGUCAGGGCUUCAUGCACAUGAAGCUGUCCCGGACCAAGGAACACAAGUACGUGCUGGGCCAGAAUAGCCCACCCUUCAGCAGUGUCCCUGAAAUCGUGCACCACUAUGCCAGCCGCAAACUGCCCAUUAAGGGAGCUGAACAUAUGUCCCUGCUGUACCCCGUGGCCAUCCGGACUCUGUAGAUGUGAAGCCAGGGACACUAUGAUAGAUCUAGACUCAGCUAUGUCACCUGGCUGAGGGCUAUGAGUCUUCCCCAGGACCUGACGCCACAACCUUUCUUCCCGUACUCUGGGAUAAAGAUUCCUUAAUUUAUUGUAAAGGGAAAGGGAUUCUGGGCCUUGGAGUUGGGGAUAGAGGAAAGUCUGGAGGGAGGGGCCCUCCAGCCUCGUGAGCGUUUAAUAUUGGCAGCUCCUACCCAAGGGCAGAGGUACUGGCCUGCCCCACCAGCCGCUCCCUACGGGGGCAUUGCAUUGCGGGGUGCAGCAGAUACAGCCCCCAACCCGGAGGGGCCAGGCCAGAGUCUAGUGCGGGCCUUUGGGAUAGGCUGGCCCCGAGGGUGGAGACCGCAUGGGGGCUGGGGAGAAGCGGGAGGUCCUGGGCCGCCCCGCCGGGCUCCGGCCCGAGAAUAAAACCCAGAUCCCGCCAGG